AUGGCGCAGGCGGGGAGAGCUGGUCCGGGGGCCUGGGGGCGGCGGUGCGCGGGCGGGGAUGCGGCUCCGGUCUGCACGCCUUGGCGCUGGGCCUCCGCGCUGCUCUGGCUGGCGACGGCGGCAGCGGCGGCGGCGAGCGGCCCCUCCCGGCGCCAGUGGCCGGUGCCCUACAAACGCUUUUCCUUCCGUCCAGAACCAGAUCCUUACUGUCAAGCUAAAUACACUUUCUGUCCCACUGGCUCCCCUAUCCCAGUGAUGAAGGAUGAUGAUGUCAUUGAAGUCUUUCGAUUACAAGCCCCAGUGUGGGAAUUUAAAUAUGGAGACCUCCUGGGACACUUGAAAAUUAUGCACGAUGCCAUUGGAUUCAGGAGUACUUUAACUGGAAAGAACUACACAAUGGAAUGGUAUGAACUUUUCCAGCUUGGAAACUGCACAUUUCCCCAUCUCCGACCUGAAAUGAAUGCCCCUUUCUGGUGUAAUCAAGGAGCUGCCUGCUUUUUUGAAGGAAUUGAUGAUAUUCACUGGAAGGAAAAUGGGACGUUAGUUCUAGUAGCAACCAUAUCAGGAGACAUAUUUAACAAAAUGGCAAAGUGGGUAAAACAGGACAAUGAAACAGGGAUUUAUUAUGAGACAUGGACUGUCCAAGCCAGCCCAGAAGAAGGGGCAGAGACGUGGUUUGAAUCCUACGACUGUUCCAAAUUUGUGUUAAGGACGUAUAAGAAGUUGGCUGAACUUGGAGCGGACUUCAAGAAGACAGAAACCAACUAUACAAGAAUAUUUCUUUACAGUGGAGAACCUACUUACUUGGGAAAUGAAACAUCUGUUUUUGGGCCAACAGGAAACAAGACUCUUGCUUUAGCCAUAAAAAGAUUUUAUUACCCUUUCAAACCACAUUUGUCAACUAAAGAGUUUCUUUUGAGUUUCUUGCAGAUUUUUGAUGCCGUGAUUAUACACAGACAGUUCUAUUUGUUUUAUAAUUUUGAAUAUUGGUUUUUACCUAUGAAAUUCCCUUUUAUUAAAAUAACAUAUGAAGAAAUCCCUUUACCUAACAGAAACAGAACACUCUCUGGUUUAUAAAACCUUAAUUCUACUGCUUUUUUUUCUACUAGCACAUCAGUUUUUCAGGGAGUGGUUUUACCUGUGUGGAUUUCUUAGGCCUUUCUUCCUUGGGACAGAAAGGUAAAAUAUACAGGGGCAGAAUUGCUGCAUAAUAAUAUCUAGGGAAUUUUUUUGGAAAGAAGAUGAAAACGCUUAUUGUGUUGGCCAAAGUGGAACCCAUUAGGUGAUCUUGAUUUCAAUCUCCAAGGCUUUGUUAAUAUGGAGAAUUGUAUCAUAUCAUCAGAUAUACAGGAUCUUUGGACUCAGAAUGUGAAAUUGUGGAUAUGCUGUGCCAAAACUUUUAAAAUACUGUCAGUGACUUUGUCAUGGUGGGAGCUACUUUUUGCAGAUAUGGUAGUUACACUUUUUCAUUUAGGUACUUUCUGGUAGUUUUGACUGACUUUACAGCCUUUGUAACUUCUACAGCUAGUCCUAGUAGUUUGAUUUUCUUCUAUUCACUUAAAGAGUAAUUUGGGGGCUUCCCUGGUGGCACAGUGGUUGAGAGUCCGCCUGCCGAUGCAGGGGACACGGGUUUGUGCCCCGGUCCGGGAGGAUCCCACAUGCCGCGGAGCGGCUGGGCCCGUGAGCCGUGGCCGCUGACCCUGCGCGUCCGGAGCCUGUGCUCCGCAACGGGAGAGGCCACAACAGUGAGAGGCCCACGUACCGCAAAAAAAAAAAAAAAAGAAGUAAUUUGGACACCACAGCUGGAGUGGUCAUGCUUCCAGAUGUGGUAAAAUCAGUGAUAAAGAGCACACGUUUCUGGCUAGCAUUUUAGAACUAGCCAGUAACUGGUAUUUUGUGAUUUAAGCAACUUAUCAUUUCCAAACCUUAGUUUCCUUAUCUCGAAAAUGAUUCAUCUGUCAUGAUUGUUGUAAAGACUGAAGCCAUGUAUAGUUUGGCCUAGUAAGUUACCACAGUAAGUGGUAACUAUAACGAUUAAUCAAAGAACAAACUGCAUUGAUCUUGCCUAAUGUGGUGUACAUGCCACCCUUUCCUGGUUUUGUAAUAAUCACCUAGACUUUGAGCGGGCAGCAUAGUGCUUCUGCGGUUCUUCACACACAUGGAACAUGGAAGUAUCUGACUGCAGGUACAUCUGGGUGAACAGGCACCCUUUAACUAACUCCUUCACUGCUUCACACAGUCCCUCCGCCACCCACUUAAAGCUGCCAGCAGUGGAAGAAGGUACACUUCCCAGAGAGAGGGCAGGUUUUUGUCAAGGAUCUCCAAGUAGCCGUGCUUCCAUUAGGGCCACCAAACAAGGUUUCAAGGUCCUUUAAGUGUCUGAUAACUGAACACCUUGUUUCUAUUCAUGGAAAAAAUACCUACCAGUCAGGAAAAUGAUGAGGCAGAGAUCAGAGAAAACUAUCUGUAUUUAAUAUGUAAAUGUACCAAUUCUAUUCAGUUUCUGCCCACAUUUGAGUGCUUCCUAAGAGGUUAGUACAUUGAGUUCUCAUAAAAAGCUUAAGCGUAGGUACUCUACGUGAUUCAAAUGAGUAAACUGAGACUUAGAAAGGUUACGUGACCUUUCCACAGCUACCCACUUAGUGGUAAUGGAGCCUCAUUCUGAACCAAGUUCUGCUGACUGAAUGGGAUGCACCAUCAAGCAGGUUUUUCAGCGCUGCAUCAGACCAGUGCCUGGACCAUAAGUUACUAACACCAUAUGUUCUGGUCUGUGAGGGGGAACUGUUAAAGCAACUUGUUGGACUAAUUUUGUUUCUGUUGAAUCUAAUUAAAAAAAAAAAACCCGGGGGCUUGUACUUU